GUGCAAUGAAAAGACCGAUGCCCAAGAGGUACAGACAGAUGACCAUACCUGAAGCACUCGAAACUGCCAAGCAAAGGCUACAAGCCUUGGCUUGGCCAGCCGCCUAAAGAGAUACACCAGAGACAACGAAGCCAGACGAAUAAACCAGCUGUUUGCAACACAACCUGCAAAAGUGUACUCUAAAUGGCAGGGUAAUAACAGCAGAGCAGACCCACCAAGGCUGGAAACUGAACAGUACUGGAAAGGUAUAUGGGAGAGGGAGGCGUCACACAACAUGCGGAGUGGCUGGUGGAUCUGAGGGAAGACCACAGCAACCUCCCUGAACAGAACCCAGUGACUAUCACACACAGUGGCAGACAUCCAACAAAGAAUCUCAGGUAUGAAAAACUGGACCUGACAUGAUCCACGCCUACAGGCUAAAGAAGCUCACUGCAACCCAUGACCGCCUGGCAGCACAAAUGAACCAGCUGCUAGGGGAUGGGACUCACCCUGCAUGGCUAACCGAAGGGCGAACAAUCCUGAUAAUGAAGGAUCCCUCAAAAAAGGGUACAGUCCCACCCAACUACCGGCCAAUAACCUGCCUCUCCACAACAUGGAAGCUCAUGUCAGGCAUCAUCGCAGCUAAGACAAGUGGGCACAUGGGUCAAUACAUGAGCGAAGCACAGAAGGGCAUUGGUAAGGAUACCAGAGGAGCCAAACACCAACUCCUGGUAGACAGAACAGUCGCCUAAGACUGCAGAAUACGACACACCAACCUGUGCACAGCCUGGAUCGACUACAAGAAAGCCUAUGACUCAAUGCCACACACAUGGAUCAUUGAAUGCUUGGAGCUGUACAACAUCAAUAGGACUCUAAGGGCCUUCAUUGCAAACUCGAUGAGGUUGUGGAGAACCACCCUUGAAGCCAACGGGAAGCCACUUGCCCAAGUAUCCAUCAAAUGCGGCAUAUACCAAGGAGAUACACUGUCCCCACUGCUGUUCUGCAUAGGUCUGAACCCCCUCAGCCAAAUAAUAAACAAGACUGGCUAUAGAUACCGACUCCGGAACGGAGCCACUAUAAGUCACCUCCUCUACAUGGAUGACAUCAAGCUGUACGCCAAGAAUGAGCGAGACAUCGACUCACUGAUCCACACCACCAGGAUCUACAGCUCGGACAUUGGGAUGUCAUUCGUACUCAAGAAAUGUGGGAGGAUGGUGACAAAGAGAGGCAAGGUUAUCCACACAGAAGGGGUCUCACUCCCAGAAGGAACAAUAGCAGACAUUGAGGACAGUUACAAGUACCUUGGAAUACCACAGGUGAAUGGCAACCUUGAACAGGCAACAAGGAAUGCGGCAACAGCCGGCAAAUACCUCCAACGAGUAAGGCAAGUCCUAAGAAGCCAGCUCAAUGGCAAGAACAAAUCCCAGGCAAUAAACAGCUACGCCCUGCCAGUGAUCAGAUACCCUGCGGGAAUAAUAAGGUGGCCAAAGGAAGAGAUACAGACCACAGAUGUUAAGACACGAAAGCUCCUCACCAUGCAUGGAGGGUUCCACCCCAAAUCCAGCACCCUGAGACUGUACGCUAGCCGCAAAGAAGGAGGCCGAGGACUAGUGAGCGUGAGAGCCACUAUCCAGGAUGAAAAAUCCAAGAUCCAUAAGUACAUCAAGGAUAAGGCGAAGACAGAUGACAUGCUGAGUGAAUGUCUCAGGCAGUGGAGAACAGAGGAUGAGAUGCUGGAUGAGGGACCAUCAUGGGAGGACAAGCCCUUGCACAGGAUGUACCACCGGAACAUAACCGAAGUGGCUGAUUUCAACAAAUCCUACCAAUGGCUUGAAAGGGCUGGGCUGAAGGACAGCACAGAGGCACUCAUCCUGGCUGCAUAGGAGCAGACCCUGAGCACCAGAGCCAUAGAGGCCCAGAUCUACCACACCACACAAGACCCAAGGUGUAGACUGUGCAAAGAGGCCCCUGAGACGGUCCAGCACAUAACUGCAGGGUGUAAGAUGCUGGCAGGGAAAGCAUACAUGGAACGCCAUAACCAAGUGGCUGACAUAGUAUACAGGAACAUCUGCGCAGAGUAUGGACUGGAAAACCCAAGGUCAAAGUGGGAAACACCUUCCAAGGUGGUAGAGAACGAGCGAGCCAAGAUCCUGUGGGACUUCCAGAUACAGACAGACAGAAUGGUAAUGGCGAACCAACCAGACAUUGUGGUGGAGGACAAAGAGCAGAGGAAAGCCGUAGUGGUGGAUGUGGCAAUACCAAGCGAUGGCAACAUCAGGAAAAAGGAACAUGAGAAACUAAAGAAAUACCAAGGGCUCAGAGAAGAACUGGAGAAGGCUUGGAAGGUGAAGGCCACAGUGGUGCCUGUGGUGAUCGGAGCACUGGGGGCAGUGACCCCCAAACUGGAGAAGUGGCUACAACAGAUCCCUGGAAAAACAUCUGACAUCUCAGUCCAGAAAAGUGCAGUCCUAGGAACAGCAAGGAUACUGCGCAGAACCCUCAAGCUCCCUGGCUUCUGGUAGAGGACCCAAGCUUGGAAAGUGGAUGAGACCACACGCGGAGGAUUUUGUGGCUCGUUGCGCCGUUGCCAAGUAGUGACCGAAGACACACCCGAUCUUCGACUCCUAUGACGACCGUAUGGUUUCUUCAACCUGGUCGCGUGAUGGUUCUUCCAAAACACCACUAGGCGGCGUAGUUUUACCACACAGCAACAAUAACAGAACAAUGCUGGAGGCAGAACACGAUACACAGCCUCAUCAUACAGAAACUUAUCACUUAGUUCAUUUUCAAUACAUCACACAUUGGUUUGUGUCCAUGUCUACAGUAGUCUUUCUUAAUCCGCAGGUUAUUCAGUUCAAUUCAAUUCAAUUUUAUUUAUAUACCGCCAAAUCACAACAAAGUUAUUUCAAGGCACUUUACAAAGUAAGGUUUAAAACCUCACACAACUAAACCCAACAAAUCCCACAUACAGCAAGCAUUUAAUUUGACAGCAACAGUGAAGAGGAAAAACUCCCUCUCUAACGAGGAAGAAACCUCCAGCAGAACCAGAUUGGAUGUGGGCGGCCAUCUGCCUCGACCGGUUGAGUUGAGAGGAUAGAGAGAGAGAAAAGCACAGCAACAGCAACAAGCAACAACAAGCAACAACAGAGCACAGGCAGGAUGGUUGGACCAGGGACCAAGGGGGGAGGGAGAGAAGCACAACUACUGGAGAGAAAGAGACAAGAGCUGAGCGCGGUGAAGGUGAAUCCCGACCUGGACUCCUUCUACGUCAGCAGGAGGGCCUGGCAGGGUGGACAGCCUGACCAACAGCAACAGCCUGACCAACAGCAACAGCCUGACCAACAGCAACAGCCUGAUCAACGACAACAGCCUGACCAACAGCAACUGCCUGCAUCACAUCAACAGCCUGCCCCACACCAACAGCCUGCACCACUGCAGCAGCCUGGCCCACACCUACAGCCUGGCCAACCUCUGUCAUCAGGAGCUGCAACAUUGGGUGCAGAGCAGUCAGAGUAUGUGAAGGACAGCCAAAAUGCCACACCAGCUCCUGGAAUGGAGGCACAGGCGUUCUGGGCCAACUCGCCUAUUGCCUUCAUUCCUACAUCAUCCACUGCCACAAACUGUGCCCAUGCACCAACUGCCACUACGAGUGCUGCCUCUGCAACUACCAGCGUUCGUACCCUGAGGAGCAACACACCAGUAGCUCCAGAAAUCAGCUUGCCCAUGGUGGAAGUGGCCGGCCCUGAAGGAAGCAUGUUAGUGCGCAGACCAUGGACUAGCGCUGACAUAGCUGACUUUGCUCACACUCUUCCAAACAUCACUGUAUCGGGAAAGACAUUCGGUGCCAACCUUCUGGCCUUCUGCCAGGAGUACAGACCCACUGGAGCUGAGAUUCGUCGCAUCCUGGCCAAACGUCUUGCACCUUGUGAAUACCAAAAGCUGGCUAGACAAUUGCCUGAUGUGACACUUGCUCUCAAACACAAAGACUGGACAAACAACCUAAAUGAUGGAUUCGAUACCGCCCUGAGGACGCUUGUUGCCCACCUCGAAACUGCGUUCCCCGACAGAGUCUGUAUGAUUAAAGUCACUACAUGCAAACAACAACCAGAGAAAUCAGUUGAUGACUUUGUUCACUGCCUCACCACUGCAUACAACACUCACGGAGGAGUUCAUCCUCCCCCUGAAGGAGUGGGAGGACUCAUCUGUUCAACAUACGAGAGUCACCUGUGUGAACUGGUGAUGAAAGGCUUACUCCUUGAAGUUUUUGACGCCGUGAAGCAGUCAUACAUCGGAUGGAAAGAAGAAGCGCGUCUGUCUGAUCUCACAAGAUACGCACGCCAUGCUUAUGACACUCUCCAGCAGAAGAAGAUGGCGAAGAAGGAAAAACAACAGAGCGAACUGUAUCUGCCAUCCUUGGAGAUGUUCUCUGCAAGCCAUAACAACAACAGAGGAGCACACAGGGUUCGCGGGCGAGGAAGAGGAAGAGACUUCAGACGGAAUUGGCCCAACAGAGACGCAGGAGGCGCAUCUGGAGAUCCAGGAAACGCCCACAUCUGCGGCGAGAUGGGACACUGGAAGAAGUACUGCCCCCGGCUACGUCAGGUUCCACCCUCCCGGGCACUCUCUUCAGACUGACUAGAGGAGGAGCCACUCAGACACUCAAACAUUCAUUUUUGCUUUCAAACUUAUGCCCAGUUAAUCUAUUAGGAAGAGAUCUCCUACAUCUCCUAUGUGUAGUUCAGGUAUUUCACUGAUUUCCACUCCGGAGGGAGUGCAGGUCACAACCACGGACAAUGUAAAUAAUUUUUUUUUUGUUUGUGUUAAUUUCAGCUCAGAGCCGCUGCUCUACUCUUAUCAGUGGCUACUGAAGGGAGAGGCUGUAACUGAGGCCCUCAUACAGGCUGCUCGACAGCUUGUUUCCCCACAAAACACGACCUUUAGAGACGCAUCUGACCUGUCUUGUACAGCACAUGUGUCCACUGGUCCUGAUGAGAAUUUUGAAAAAUCAUGGUUAUAUAUACAUUUAACGAAUAAUUUUUAGAGAAUCCUUCAUUACUACAAAAUGAAUGCCACGAUUGAAAAUUUUUAUUCUUUUAAUGUUUGAUUAAUGUGUAAUCAAAAGGGGGGAAAUGUAAUGGAAAAAUUGUACUUUAAUGUUUUUUGUGUUCAUUUCUGACUCUGUAUAGUGACCAUGCAUUUUGUACUUGUUGAUUAGACCCAGAACUGAACAUUCUCAGACAGACAAUCUAUCUCCCUCUCAAGGUGACCGAUUGUUUAUGGCCUGUGUCUGCCUUUUACCCCUGGGCUCUGACUCCUUUCUAUCUGAUGCCUCACCAAACCCGAGGCUGUAACCUUGGGUAUUCCCUGUGUAAUAUAAACAUUUUCACCCACAGUGUGAUAAGGAGAUUCCACCAGGUCCCGGGAGAAAGGUUAAAAGGCAGAAGCAACUUGAGGAUCGUGGGCUCUUUGCAUCACGCCUUCGUGGUGUGUGCACUGAUCUCCCCAGCUGGUUUUUGGCUUGUUGAUGUGCACGAUCAACAUCCAUGCUUUUUAUUUGCUUUCCCUAUUAUUUUUAUUUUCUUUAUUAUUUCAAUAAAUCGCACAAAAGGACAA